CAGAUGCCAGACCCAGGCCUUCCAGUCACCUGUCCGUUGUUCUGGACUGAGUUUGAAGGUCACUGCUACCGUUUCUUCCCCCUGAACAGGACCUGGGCAGAGGCUGACCUGUACUGCGCUGAAUUCUCCAAUGGCCUCAAGUCUGCCAAACUCACCUCCAUACACAGCUGGGAGGAGAAUGUGUUUGUCUACGAUCUCGUCAACAGCCGUAUCCCAGGGAUACCAACAGACAUAUGGAUCGGCCUUCACGACAGGAGACAGGAGGGCACUCUGGAGUGGACCGACGGCAGUAACUACGAAUACAGCUACUGGGAUGGCAACCAGCCUGACGAUGGCGUACACCGCAUCCCUGAAGAGGAAGACUGUGUCGAGAUCUGGUACAGGCAGAACAGCGCGCUGAGGUCCUGGAAUGAUAACAGCUGUAACAAAGCCUUUCCCUUCGUGUGCAAGAUCCCCACACUGGACAACUAGACCUCCAGGGUCCAACACACACACACACACACACACUCUCUCACACAUUUUUUACAUUUACAUUUUAGUCAUUUAGUAGACGCU